AUGCCCGAUGUGAAGAGGAAGGAGAGGGUGCCCCUGCUCUCCAUCAUCGCCAUCAUUCAACGACCGUCGACAAACGGAUUCACGCUGCCAUCUGCACGAGAGGACGAGGUGGGAGGUAGUACGGUGGUAGCCGAGGGUGUCGUAGGUGGCAUAAGGGGCCCAGGCGGCGGGUGCCGCGCAUCCUCGAUGACGAUGGCCGAGAGCGCCGUGGAGGACGCCGCAGCCGCCCCGGGUCCGGCCAAGCCGCCCCCACCAUCUUGCACGAACAACAACACCCUCGCGGCGACGGCUAACCGUAACCAUCGGAACCCCCGUAAGAAACGGAGACGGCUGGAACAGGUCGUGGACACGUUGCAAGCUCACCGGAGCUCGCCGUCCGAAGGCGAGGUCUUGAGAUUCGAAGGUAGCGGUCUAUCCGAGGAAGAAGACGUGUUCGGCUCGCCUAGAUCAUCGUCGUCGCGAUCCGCCGCUGAUACCACUCCGGUAAUCGGUCAGCUGCCGUUGAGGUUGAAGGACACGGAAUCGGUGACGCCGAGCGAGGAGGAACUCCACGAAACCGGUCAACAGCAUCAUCAUCAUCAUCAUCCCCACCAUCGACCGUAUCGCUCGUACUCGUACCAUCAUCAUCAUCAUCAUCACCGGCACCGUUAUUCGCCCUACCAGAACAAUCACCGGCUGUACGCCAAGUAUCCCGACUGCAUGUGCAGCCAGUGUUCGCAGUCCCUGGCCGCCUCGGCGGCGGCGGCGAUGAUGCUGCCGACGGCGACGUCUCUCCAGACGCCGCUGUCGCGAACCAGCUUCGCGUCUUACAGCAGUAUAUGCGGCACGUACAGCAUAUUCGAGCAGUAUAUGCACAACAAGUACCUGACGCCGUCGUUGUCGUCGCCUGGCGACACCUUCCGCGGGAGAAGUCAUUCUGACUCGGAUAUGGUGCCUAGAUGGGACGACACAAUGCCCGCCUCGACUACUCGCUCGUCGUCGUCUUCCGUCGUCAGCCAUCCACCGCGAAGCGGUUCCCUCGAGAGCGAUGGCACGAGUCCCCAGGAAUCGCCGUUGGAUCUCUCCAUGAAGAACCUUACGUUACAAUCCGCCGCAGCUGCUGCGGCGGCAGCGGCUGCGGCGGCUUCCGCUAGGUCGCCGUCUCUUCAGCUUUUGCCGUCCGGCGUCGUGACACGCGGUGCCGUAAACGUUCCCGUAGUGAGGGGCGAUGUUGCGUCACCUACCACGAAAGAGAGCGUCGCGGUACGCUACAACCUGGAGGUUUUACCGGUCGUCGAGGAAAUGGCACCUGGCGCGGACGUGGCUUACGUGUGUCCCGAGUGCGGGCAAAUGUUCAGUCUGCACGAUCGUCUGGCGAAGCACAUGGCGUCUAGGCAUCGUCGGCAGGGCCUCCACGAUGCCUCGGCGAAGGCGUAUCUAUGUGACGUGUGUCAGAGGAGCUUCGCUAGAUCCGACAUGCUAACCAGGCACAUGAGAUUGCACACCGGCGUCAAGCCGUACACGUGCCGGGUCUGUCGGCAAGUGUUCAGCAGAUCCGAUCACCUCAGCACCCACCAGCGAACCCACACCGGCGAGAAACCGUACAAGUGUCCGCAGUGCGCGUACGCGGCCUGUCGCAGGGACAUGAUCACCAGGCAUCUCAAGACCCACAAUCGAUGCGCGGACGGCCCGACCCCGAAGACAGAACCGGGUCUGCUCGGUAGCGAAGAAUGCCCUCCUUUUACCCAGAACGUGACGGCGGCACCGUCGGCGGUGAUCAAGGCCGAAUGACGACGGCCAAUCGGAUGACCCUGGUUGCACUCUGGCAGCAGCAGAUGCCAGCGAGGACAUCGCGGCAGGAUCGAUCGAGGAUCCCCAGGGACGACUUUCGCGGUUCGAUCGGGGCUCCGGAGAAACGCUUCGAGGGAACGAGGUCGCCGCUCGGUCAACACCGCGACAUCAGCCGGACGUUAGAAAGAUUGAUGCUUAAUGAGAUCGGAGGAUUCUUUUGCUAUCGAAAAUUCAGGGCCCCGACAGACGCUAUUUAGAGUCUGUGAUUGUGGUUAAGAUUAUGGAACGGCCACUAUAUUUGGGAGGAAUUGCAGCUAAGACGCGUCAAUUUCACUCUUUCGCUGCGUCGCGUUGAAAUUUGCAUAUUGAGAAACUCGAAGAACUUAUUAUAUAUUAUUUAUAUAUUAAUAUGGAAAAAUAUGAUUAUAUGGUGAUAGUGUGCGCGUAACAUUGACAGUUCACAGAAAUAGUUUUGCUGUCAAAAAAAACAGUUUAUUUCAAAGUUCUGCGAUCUUUUCAAGCUUUAAAAUCUCCCUUUACACGUCGUUCUCAGCGAAAGAGUUAAAUUCACAUGUCGAAAUAGCAUCAUGAAGAACUGAGUGAUGGAUAGAAACUUCGCUCCCGUGAGUAUAUUAUAUUUAUAUUAUUUGUCAAAAAAUAAAUGAUUCUUUUUGUUUCAUGAUUCUCCGCGAAUUGCCUAUAGAGAUCAAUUAUCCUUUCAUGUGAUCGCGCCAUAUUCACACGCGAACAAUGCCAAACAGUAUUAUUGUACGUCUUCGAUCUUCCGUCUGAUUCCGCAUUCGCAAAUCAUAUAUUUUUAACCUCCGAAAUUCGCAAACCUUUCGUCGCGGCACUCGUUUACGUGGUGACGUAAACAUAAAUUAUACGACUUCAGCCGGAAAACAAUCCGACAACACAACAUGCAGUUUUGUAAAAACUUUAUUAAUUAUGGAACAAUCUGUUAAAAAAUUUCAUAUA